CGCCCCCUUAAUAGGUUUAUAAAUGCCCAGCUCAAGCAGUUGGCUGGCAAUUAGUCAAGAUGUACUCGGAGCUGGAAGUGAAAGCGCUGGAGCGGCGCAACUAUCAUCGGAUUAGGGAGAUGAUACGCGUCACCUACACGAUGGGCUACAACAUCAUGAAGCCAGGACCUUGGGACAACCUCCUUAAGUUCUGGAGCUUGAUGCUAAUACUGUUCACGCUCCUCUCCUACUACGGCCACUGGCAGCUGUUCGUGCACUACAUGCAGGACAUUCCGCGCAUUUCCGAGCAAACUAAUAUCUCCUUAACGGCACAUACAAAUUGUUUUUCAUUUUUUCAGUCCAUUAGCACAAUUUUCCAGUCCCUGAUGUCCAUUAUGAAGAUGAUUUACUAUCUGAUGGCGCCUCGCAGAUUCUACGCGCUGCUUCGCCUCGUCUGUCGUCACGAGCUGCUGCAAAAGUGCGAGCUGUUUGCAGCUGUCUCUGAUCUGCCUGUGGCACAGCCGCUGAAGCAGCGUGUGGCCAACACCAUGGAUCAGUGCUGGAUCAGCACGCGCCGGCAAUUGAUGUUCUAUCUGUUUUGCUGCAUUGGCAUCCUGCUGAAUUACUUUGUCAAUUCGCUGGUCGUCAACAUCUAUCACGCCCUCACCGAGCCCGACAACAACUACGAAGUGGCGCUGCCUUUGCCUUCGCUCUACCCCGACUGGAUGGACAAGGGCAUGACCUUUCCCUACUACCAUCUGCCUCUGCUCCUCGAGAGCUGCAACCUCUACAUCUGCGGCAUGGGUGCCGUUAGCUUCGACGUGCUCUUUAUCGUCUUCUGCACGCAUGGCGUGGGCCUGAUGCACUCCCUCAGCCAUAUGAUUGAGUACGCCACCUCGCCGCUAAUUCCCCGAGAGCGACGAGUCCAAUAUCUGCGCCAUUGCAUCUAUCAAUACCAGCGAGUCGAGGCCUUUGCACUGGAGCUGAACAACACCUUUAGGCAAAUCAUUAUUAUCCAGUUCAUACUCAGCCUCUUCUGCUGGGGUCUGGUGCUUUUCCAAAUCAGCAUUGGCAUUGCCACCAGCCUGACAAUAGCGCUGCGCAUGCUGAUGUAUCUGGCGGCCGGUGGCUAUCAAAUCGUCAUCUACUGCUACAAUGGGCAGCGCUUCACAACGGCUAGCGAGCGCAUUCCAAUGGCUUUCUACGAGUGUACGUGGUACGAGGAAUCCAGGGAAUUUCGGCAGCUCAUCAGAAUGAUGAUAAUGCGCACGAAUCAGAGCUUCAGCCUGGACGUAUCCUGGUUCACCAAAAUGUCGCUGCCCACCCUGAUGUCGAUGAUACGCGCCAGCGGGCAAUACACGGUGCUAUUGCAGAACCUGAUGCAGAAGAAAUAAAGAGACGGCUUCGAAACUCCUUUCGCCCAUGCUAAGCACGCGCUGCUGUUUACCCAUAUAGCAACACUCUAUCGACAGUCAAUCAAUAUAUGUUGUAGCUCGGGGCGUGCCAUUUGUUUUCAUGGGCGGUACGGAUAGGCACUGCUUGGCUGAUAAUUCAUUUAGCACAUUAAAGUAAUGAAAUUGCUGGCUG